AUUCCCUACCCUUGAGGCACCACAGAGCAACAAGGAAGAGUUCAAGCCAGCAGCUCUUUCCGCUGACUUCUAAGAAAAGAAAGUGCGUUUUUUGUUACUUUUGUGAACGUUUCUUUAACUUCGGCGGCGAAAGAGAGGGUCGAAUCGUAUUUUGACGAGUUAGGGACCCUCUGUUCCCUGGCAAGUUGUGGUUGUCCGUUUCCCUUUCCGGUUGGGGUGAGCUGCAGUUGAUGACGAGCAUCCUGUUAUGGGGAAUCUCCUGAAGCUCCUAACAAAAGAAGAAAAUGAUGGCUGUGGUAGCAAAAUUGACAUUUUCUUGGAUUUUGAAAAUGCUACCCCAACAGAAUCAGAAAAAGAAGUGUUUGAUGUGGUUCACAGUGUGUUAGAUGUUGCGCCUCAAAUUCUGCAGGAGUUACAAGAUUACCAAGGGGCUGGGGAAGAAAUAAGACAAGCAAUUUCCAAUGCUCUCAAUGAAGAGCUCCAAGAGGUUGCAUGGAAAGCAGUGGUGCCACUUGUUGGAAAACUUAAGACGUUUUAUGAAUUUGCCUUAGAGCUUGAGGCUGUUCUUCCCCAGCUUCUAUAUGCUCUUUGUUCUGGACCUGAGACUCCUAUUGAACAUCUAGAACGGCAACAGGCCCUUGCAAAACAGUUUGCUGAAAUUCUUCACUUCACACUGAAAUUUGAUGACUUAAAGAUGACAAAUCCAUCUAUUCAAAAUGACUUUAGUUACUACAGAAGAACACUGAGUAGAAGGAAAAUGGCAAAUGCGGAUGAUGAUAGUGAAGGAAUUCAAGUGACCAAUGAAAUGGCAAACAGAAUGUCUUUAUUUUAUGCUUACCCCACACCACUUCUGAAAAUUCUUAGUGAUGCCACAUCAAAGUUUGUGACAGAGAACAAAAGCCUUCCUAUAGAAAAUACAACAGACUGCCUUAGCACAUUAGCAAAUUUAUGCAGAACUAUGAUAGAGAAUCCGAAUUUUUCUUCUAAAGUUGCAAACGAGGAAACACAUCUUUUUUGUCUCCGUGUUAUGGUUGGUCUUAUAAUUCUGUAUGAUCAUGUACAUCCUGUAGGAGCUUUUGCAAAAACAUCAAAUAUAGAUAUAAAAGCGUCGAUAAAAGUGUUAAAAGAUCAACCUCAAGGAACCGUAGAUGGCUUACUAAACGCUUUGAGGUAUAGCACAAAACACUUGAACGACGAAACGACGCCAAAGACCAUUAGAGGUCUCCUCGUUUAAAAAAGUCUAUAGCACAAAGAAACACAAGGUGCAUUCAACCGUUAGGAACAUUCGAUGGAGUUCAAAUUCUACUUAUACCAUGAACUAACCAGGUAGAAUGGAAUAGACCGGGAACUUUAAAGGUUCAUGGGCACUGCUCUACUUUAUGAGGGGAUGUAACGUAAGAGUAAUUCCGACCGCUGACCUUUUUGUAAUACGUGUCUAAACAUUGCUUGAUAAUUAAAACAAAUCGGAAAGAGUAACUAUAACUAGUGAAAUUAGAGCGAAUUUCAGUUGAGUGUCGUAAAACCAAAAACCUAAUUAUUACACUGGCCAAUCAAAACGAUGGAGAAUAUCAAAGGGCCAAUGAGAAGUCAAGUUAAAACAAACAAACGUGAGUGGUCAAUUAGUGAUUAGUUCCCACGCCUUGAGAGGGUGUGGGGAUUUCUCUUGACCAAUCACUGUUUAUAGUAAGGCAAUCUAGGAUUACUUUCGACACUCGAGCGAAAAUUGCUCUUAAUUCGACGUGGAGAGCAGGGGAUGAAGAUGGAGCGACCUUUCCCUCUCUUUAGCACGACUCCAAACUCUCACAUGUGGACGCCUUUUCGAAAUCUUUGUCGCUUUUUAUGUAAGGUAGAACCAACUGGAUUUUGCAGUGCUUGUGAUGUAUUGUGACAUUCGAGUACUUAUAGAUUCUAAUGAGAUACGCUACAUGUAACGUGUCACAAUACAUCACAGUGCCUUUUUUUUGGGUAAUAGGUCGGCAAUUUUGGAAAAAUAUGUAGCAGAGCAGUGUUUGAGAAGAAACCUUUUGACUCCCCAGUACUUUAAUAUUACAAUCCAUCUCGUUCUAUUUGCAACUUCUACCAGCGUUAUCGAACCUACAAGCAUUGUGACCUAAGAAAAUUAACUCUGGGAAAUUGCCCUGAUGCAACACCAACUUCUCAGAACUAACUUAGUUUGAAAUCAGCGAAUGGAGUUAAGGAAACAGAUAUUCAAUCGAAAGUUCACUACUUUACGUAGUGGAAAAGGUGUGGUUUCUAUACUAACCUUCCGUCCUAAGUUUUUGCGUCGUGUGGGAUGACUUGAAAUGUCCAUGGUAUAAGAAAUUAGCGGUAUUUAAGAAUUGUCACCCACAUGCCCUUUGUUUAUAACUCGUAUCGUUUGUGUAAAAAUAAAUGACAAUUGAUGAAUGGAAAGAGUUUCGGCCAUCAUUUGACUUUGUAAAUCAUCGUGGCGAGUUGUGUCUUAUUUGCGGCGUAUGAAUUUUUAUUUUGAUUAUUAAUUAGAGUAGCACUGUCACAGUUUUUUUAAAGGUGAUUUCGAGGAACACUAAGUUAUUAGCUACUAAACUUGAUUCUUAUGUUUGAGAUUCGUUAAAACAAAGUUAAUUUGUUCCUUUACGUCAAGAUACGUUCUUCAGCGUAGAGGUAAUAAAGCUUAGUCUUCCUCGCUCGGAGUAUCAGUUGUAACUCGUCACGCAGUACUCCUCCUUUGGAAAGAGUAUUGCGUGACAACUGAAACAGAGAUGACUAGUUCUUAAUUGCAGUAUUUCAAAGUAUAUGGAAUUAUGUUAGAGCGGUUUUCAAAUGACUCUGGAAGUGAAAUUAACCAAAGAAGCAAUUUAAAGGUAAAAAUAAAGCUAUAGUGGUUAUGUUUUGGCUGCGGCCCUUUUUUUUUUCUAAGCGAAUUGCACAGUUUGUUCUUGGUACUUCAUUGCCAUUGACACACGUUUGGAAACCUUUUUUUUCUGAUUAGCUCUGGUUUACAGCGUUUUGUUUGUCAACAACUGGUAACUUUUGUUUUUGUUUGUUGCUUCUUGUCAUUAAAAAACCGCCCGAUACAAAUUGAGUAGACGAUAAGCUUUAAAGUUAAAAAUGCUAGAACUUUUUGUACCCAUUUGGAGUCAAGUGACAGUCCUGUGUACAGAACAACACUGUGGUUUUCUUCUUAUUCAAGAUUUAUUAAAACUACAAGCUUGUAGGAAUACCAUUAUUAAUAAUAUUUAGAAUGUGAAUAAGUAGUUAUUGAAGUGUUUCAAGAUUUGUGAAUUUUUGUAUGAAAUACGAGUAUAUUUUGUUCAAUUUUUCUGUGAAACUAGUGUGCAUCCUUAAUUAAUUUAGUUUUGUAUCUUACAAGGUUACUGAAAAUUGUAACUUAGGUAUAACUAUCUUUUUCCAGACUUGCUUACUUCAGAAAAACAGUGUGAACUAAAUUGUGCAAUGUUCAACGUCUUCUUGUCACUCCCUCAAAGAAUAUAUGUUCAACUUUUUGUAUCA